UUAACAAAGCACUGCCCUGUUGCUCAUCAAACCCGGUCCAGGUGCUGUAGGUAUGUUGUGAUGCUGAAGUCAAGCCUAAGGACAGCUUAGUGUCCUGCAUGUUCCCCACUAUUUACUGCAGUGGCAUUUAGGCAGCGGUGAGACUAACUCAGAAAGACGGUAGCAAGCCUGGCCUUGGAGCUCUUCUUUCUCCCCUUCUCUUGGAAUCCGUGUCAGAAGAGCAGUAAGGCACAAAUCAGUAAUUCCAUGAAGCUCCUUUGGCUCUAUUUAUGUUGUUAGUAUAAAUAUCAGAGAGUCUGUGUGUGCCGUCCUGGCCACAGUGAUGCACAAAAACAUCAGUUUACCAAUAGCAUUCACAGCACUGUUGGGGUGGUUUUUGUUGGUGAGGAGAUGAUGUUAGUGAUGGGUAAGUAUUUACAUUUCUGAUAAUUAAUUCAGUUUUCCAGAAUUUUAGGGAAUUUAGGAAAGAGCCUACCCGUAUUGUUAGGCCAAUGAGUGCACUGUUUCCUUGGGAGGAGUUCCUUCUCAACAGGUGUAUUUACUCUUACUGUUGCUGUUUAUUUGAAAGCCUGUUCUUGGAGCAGAGCCCUGUUGCUCAGGAGAUGUCCAAACAGGUGACAGGGAGACUGUCCUAGUUCCCAGUGCCAUCGCCCUGGGGACAGCUUUCAUCUGCAGCAAUUUCAUAGCCGAGGGAGGGAUUGUUGUUGUUGGGAGCAUGUGCCCAGUGUAACAACAAUCUCUGCUAUUUCCAUUUCAACCAGGUCAAACAGGCGACUUCAAACACAGCAGUGAAGACAGUAGCUAACCUCCUAACUUGCUUCUUUUUCCCCUGUUGGAGUCAGCUGAAAGGACUUCCUCUCAUUCAUGUUUGUUUUACCAGGAAGGGAACAAGAAGAGAUCCUACAGCUGACUGAUUCCAGCAGCGGGGUGGAGGUUAAAGAUGUCAAAAAUUACUACAGAACUUCUGUUGGAAAGAGCAGUUCCAAGAUCCACAAGGCUCCGAAAGAUCGAGACGCUGAAUCUAACCCUGCCUGAUCUGCGUGUCCUAAACUGCAACAACAACAAACUGGAAGAUGUAACUGCUCUGAAACAGUUCCCUCUGCUCGAGGAGCUGACCUACGAGAACAACGUGUACUUGACCCUCAACGAUGACUAUAAAGUAAUGUUUCUUUUGCAAAACCUUCGGCUACUCAAUGGCAAAGAUAUCACCAAACUGGCAAAACAUGUGAGGCAUGUCAAUAGUCGCAAGCUCACCAACAAGGUUACUGCUCACUGGGAAAAAUUCUUCCGUGACCAACUUCCUGAGAAACACACAGCUGAGCAAGUGAAGUCCAUCAAGAAGAAGUUCCUGAAGUCAGUCCAAACCAAUGUAGUAUGUGGGCCCAGCUCACUCAGUGAGUUCACCCGCUGGCGGGUGAAAAUGAUUGCAGAAGAGUUUCUGGCAUGCUCACUGGGUCUGGAGUUAAACUCAGAUCCCGAACCAGAGGAAAAGAUAGAUGAGAAUGAGGAAGAAGAAAGCACAGAAAGCCCCGGGGAAGAUGCAGAGGACAAGGGUCAGGUCACAGUAACAGCCAGAAAGAGGAAAAGAAAUCGCUCAAAAACACACUCUCACAAGAAGAGGUCCAAGCCCCAGGUGACCACUGAGAAGGAGGCUGUAGUUAAUCCCACAAAGUCCAGUCAUGUGCAGGAUGAGCCAGCUCCUGAGAAACCAAGAACAUCGAAACAGCCAGCCAAAGAGGCGAGCCCUGAGCAGGAAGCUGAAGAGACACCUAAGAACGGAAAGCAGUUGCCCAAGGGGCAAAGCAACAGAAGAUCCAGCCAGCUGACAGGGGAACAGAAAAGCCAGGAGCAGGACAAUGGAGUUGUUACCUUGACCCCAGUGAAGAAGUCCAAGGGCAAGGAGGAUGUCAGUGCAGAGCCAUUGCAUUUUCUUCAGUGUCACAGUAAAGGCAACAGCCGCGAGGAUUUUAAAACGCAGCUCUGGUCCUGUGUCUUCGAGCCAUUGCUAGACUCUGGAGCCAGGAAAGAUCCCAUUGUGAACUCCUCCAGAACCGUGGCAACAUGUGGAGGGGAAUCUGUCUGUCUGAUUGAUUGUGAGACAGGGACAGUGCUGAAAAAGUAUAAGGUGGCUGCAGAGGAGUUUUUCAGUGUUGCAUGGACAACCCUUACAAUGGUCAUCAGUGACAGUAGGAAGAAAUCUCGUAAUAUCUUGGCUGCUGCUGGGAGGAGAGGGAUUGUCAAACUGAUCCAUGUGGCAGCUGACUUCUGCUACGGAGAGAUAAAGGCUCAUAAAAAGCCCAUUGCUACUGUCUGCUUCAGCCCAACUCAAGAAACUCACCUCUUCACUGCAUCCUAUGACAAGCGAAUUGCACUCUGGGAUAUUGGGAUUCCAGACUCUGACUACAAUUUCAAAGCAAGCCAGCUGCUGGUGCUGGAAGUGCUCUCUGUUCCCUUACGGAUUGCCCUCGUCCCCACCUGCCCGAAUCAGUACCUACUGGCUGGCUGUGAAGGUGGCUGUUUUGCCUGGAAUAUAAAACUGGAUAAGGAACAAAAAAACAGGCCUUUUGAUGCCACGUUCCAGUUUCCUGAUGAGGAUGGAAGCAUGACAACAUUGCACAGGGUUGAUGGUUUGGCUUUUCUGAAUGAUGAUAUUGUGGUUUCCAAGAGCUCUAAAGCAGGCUGCAUAUACUUAUGGAGCUGGAGUCGGUCUUUUGACACGAAGGGGAAAGGACGCCAACGAACCAUAGCUGCAGUUAUUCUGGCUGAGCUCGAGUGGUCCACGACAAACAUGUCCUACCUGACACUCAGCACCUGCCCAGCAAAAGAGUACGUGUUCUGUGGCGAUGAGAAGGGAAGUGUGUGGAUGUACAACCUCUCAAGCUACACCAAGGCAUGGAGCUCUGCAAAGGGGAAACGCUCCCCUUUGCAGAAGAUCCCUCCUGCACAGAUUCUCCAGUGGCCAGAGCUGCGAGCAAACGGGGAGCAACUGGAUGAAAUCCUAGUAAACAACGUGGUCUCAGACCCCACUUUUACUUACCUUGUUGUCCUAACUAGUGUGAACAUAACAGCAAUUUGGAAGAAGUCAUAGUUCCUUGUCCACCAGUUUCAUGCCCGUGCUUUGAAUUAGUGCAGUGUUAGUGACUGUUACCCACGUAACCACCACCUUUUCUAGACCCGCUGUUAUGUGCAAGAGACAAGACACCAAGAGUUGUUUGUUAAACUCAUCCCAUCAUUGUAAACACCCAGUUUCUGUUACUGUGAGUUUUCCACAAUUGGUGCAUUUGUUUUAUAUAGAAAUGACACUUAAUAAAACAAAACCCCAGUC